CUCAACAUCGAAGCUCCUCCCUCACUCCGCCCUGCAAAGAAGUACUGCGACGUCACUGGCCUCCUCGCCCCCUACACAGACCCAAAGACAGGGUUGCGAUACCACUCGGCUGAGAUCUACGAGGUUUUGAAGACUUUUGGACCUGGAGUUGACCAGGCUUACUUGGGCUUGAGGGGGAGGAAGGCUACGCUCAUGUAG